AGUAGGGCCAAGCGGAGUAAAAUGGCUGCCGCAGAGGCCGGACCCGGACAGUAUCGGCGGCAGUGGCCGCGCCUCCUCCUCUUGUGCUGAAGUGGGCGGGCGGAAGGGCCUAGCUUCCCGGUGGAGCCGGGAUUUGAAGCUCCUGCAAACAUGGAAGAAGAGGAGAAUCGGCGCUCUCCAGUACGAGAGGAUCCUGGGCGAGGUGGUGAGAAGUCAGCCAGUGAACCUCCUCUUGACUCGGAUUGGGACCAGUCAGGUGCCCUCUGCGCUGGCCAAGUUAUCAUUUUGAAAGCUUUGCAGCAAGCCGUGGGCAGUGGCUUGGCAGGUGACCUGCAAGAUCCAGCGAUCGAGAAAGGUACCUCCAAAUCGAGAGGCAGACCUAGGAUUAACGGAACAGAUGCUGAAUGCAAGCGCCCAAGCCGCAGGAAAUGGUGCAGGAGCUCCAGAUCUGAAGGGCUUGGAGGAAAUUGGCUGGGAACUGGGGACCCCACACUGGCCUGUGAUAGGAAUGGCCCGAUGGGUGAGGUCCUUGAGGCUCCUUCUUCUGGUGUGAUGCCUGCCUUAGCCGGAGUCUUGGACUACCUGGAAUGGACUUACCAUUUGCCCCAGGGAGUAGAGAGCUCCAUAGGGACCCAGGCGGCUUACAGUGGAGAGGAAGAUAUGGAAGAAGUGGAGCUGGUGGCCGAGGUGCGGCUGGGAGAUGUCGGCGCCCUCUCAGGAAUCUUUAGAAGAAACCUGUCUCGGAGGAUGCAAAAGUCUGCCUGCCUUGGAUCAUCUGCACCCUGCUGGAGCAGAAGCCGACCCUGCCCCAUUGGCCACCCUGCCCUUUCGGAGCAGCCCUACUCUCUGGACCCACACAGAACUCUGCCUGUAAUGGACAAGGCUCCUUGGACGUCUGUUUUAGGCAGACGUGGGGUUUCACAGCCCACUAAAGCAGACAGGACUUCUCCUUCCCCUUGCUUGGGCAUGACUCUGGGCACUGGCAUGGGGGUAUCCACCGGGGGGCAGCAGCGCCCGCAGAGCGCCACUGGCCGAGAGUCCGAAUCCCAGCAGCGAUCCCAGCCACCCCCCGCCAGCUCCUUGGAUAAGGCCGAUUCCAGCAGCUCCUCUUCAUCGUCUUGCUCCUCCUCGACCUCCUCUAUGUCCCGCCACCAGGGCCUGCCUGGCGAAGGCAGCUCCUCCAACCCCUGCGCCCCAAUGCGCUCCCCGGACUUAGAUAUUUAUGAUCCCUUCCAUCCUACCGACGAGGAUAACCUCAACGGCGAUUUUGGCUUUGGGGAUUCUCCCCACAAGGAGGCCGAAGGUGGGCGGCAUGACCAGAAAUACGACCCCUUUGACCCCACUGGCUCCAACCCCAGUUCCUUAGUCAGUACCCCUUCGCCUGAGGAGGACGACGAUGACGACGACGACGACGAGGAAGACGACCACGACCAGCAUCCUCCGGACAUGUCCCACAGCAUCAGCCGCAUCUCGGAAACAUUGGCCGGAAUCUACGACGAAAAUAGCUUGAGCCAAGAUUUCCCCAGCUCGGACAAAGGGCAAGAAGAUUCGGAACCAGAAGCAGAACCUGGCGGAGGCUAUGAAACCGAGGCUGCCUGCCCCCCUGAACCCCCGGAGAGCAAGGAGCCUCCAGGUGCCGAUUCUACCCUUCCGGAGGAGCUCCCCCCGGAACAGGCGGAAUCCAAAACUCCUGAGCCACGUCGCCGGGUGUUUGUGGUUGACCUCGCCCCCAAAGGCCGCUUGGAUGCCGAAGCUAAGCCCCAGUUGGAGGGGAAGGUGUCCCUGGAGGUGGUGACUGUUGGAAACGCCAAGCUAAGGAGCGGAGAGAAGACGUCCAAAGGAGGUGGGCAUCACCGGGCUGGGCGCCGGUCAUCGAUGGAAUGGGACGGGAGUGGCGGUGGCGACUCGGAAAUUGAGGAGGGCGAGAUUGUGCAGCCGGAGGACGAGCGGUACAGUCCCAUUCGGCUGUUCCGGAGCAGGUGCCGGCCUGCCGAACAGCGCACCCUGCGGGUGGUGGAAGGCGAUGACUUCCUGUCUCUGCAUGCCGACUCAGACGACGAAGGAGCCUUACAGAUUGACUUCAGUGAGAGCCAGCCUGACCCACGUUGGAAGGGGGUGGACUUGAGGCGGAAGAUCCUGACCCAGCGCCGAGAACGCUUCCACCGAGCCCCGUCGCCCCUGCCACCCCCGCCCCCUCCGCCAGCCCCCAAGCGCCCUGCCUCCAAAUCCCACUCUGGCUCCAGCUCUGGCUCCUGUAAGAAAUCCAAGCGGGAGCGCAAAAGAUCGCGAGAGCGUAAAGCCUCAAAGACCAAGGAAUCUUACAGCGCCUCGUGGAACCCUAAGAAGAAAUCGAAGUCGCGAUCCAAAUCCAAGGAGCGCCGGCACUCCCACCACCGGGCCUCGAGGUCUCGCUCCCACCACCGAGCCUCCCGGUCCUGGUCGCCCUCUAUCAGCACCAGCUUGUCUGCCGUUGGCUCCUCGCAUACAUCUGCCGAGCGACGCAAGAGCAGGCGGUCCAAGUCCAAGGAGAAGCGCCGCGGGCAUCAUUCCCGGUCACGUAGCAGCAGCCGGGCCCACCGCAGCCGGCACAAAGACAAACACCGGGGCGACGGGGGCAGGAAGAAGAAGAAGCGCUCUCGGUCUCGCUCGCGUGAGAAGCAUCCCUCCCAUCGGUUACCCAAGGACAAGGAGCGGGAGGUCCACCUGUUGGAGGAACCCAAGUCUGAGAAGGUUUUGAUGGAGCGCCGGAGAGAUGCACGGACCGUGGUGCCCCCUUCAAUCCAGGACCUCAAUGACAACGACCUCUUUACCAUCAAGAGGACCAUCACCGUCAAUCAGCAGGAGAAAAUGGAGGGGCUGCUGGAGACGCCUGAGCGAGCCAAGCGGGAGGUUCUUUACGAUUCGGAAGGGAUGAGCUUCGAUGCUUGCUUCUCGGACCGCGAGCCCCCCGAGGAAUCCAAAUUGGGCGGGGUGCGGCUGACAGCCAAGGAGGACUCGAUCCCAUCCCGAAAGGACAAGCGGCCUGAGGAGGACGUCAAGCAGAAGGUGCCCAAGGAGAAAGAGCGCAAGAGGGCCUACCUUGAGGACCGCCCGGGUCCCCGGGAUAAGUACAAAAAAAAGCUGAAGGAGGGGCCUCCGUGCUCUGAACAGCAAGAAUUGCCCAAGGUGGAAAAGAAGGCCCGACCUGAUAGGGACAAGACCGGGAAAAAGCUGAAAGCCGGAAGCCACAAGGAGAGUGGCAAGUUAGGCUCUGGCCGAAAGGUGAAGCUCCAGUCCAAGGUGGCCGUAUUGAUCCGCGAGGGAGUGAGCAGCACCACUUCAGUCAAGGAGGUGGGCUCCAUCGGCGUGAAGUUUAGCCGGGACAAGGAGAGCCGCUCGCCUUUCCUCAAGUCGGAGGAGAAGGUGCUGAUGGUCGGGGCUUCUGCAGCCGGCCAAGGCGAGAUGGCCGACGUCAAGGAGCCCGGUUUCAAGCCCAAGAAAGUCAAAGGGCUGAAGGCCAAGAUGGGAGUGAAGAAACUGAAAGGCCUCAAGCCCAAGGGUGCCUCGGAGCCCAAGAAGAAGAAGAAGCUCAAGGUGAAGACUGGGCUGAAGAAAUCCAAAGCCGACAGCUGCAGUCAAGGCGCAAGCAGCCCGCUGAGAGUCAAGGAGGAACCCUCGUGGUCUGGUUCGGAGAAAUCGGAGGGCACCGCCAAGCCGCCGAGCCCUCAGCCCCUGGCCCCUGGCCAGGAGCUCACGCCUGAUUCCCAGACAGUGGACAGCAGCUGCAAGACGCCCGACGUCUCCUUCCUGCCUGAAGACCCCCCAGUUGAGCCGCCCAGGGUGCCAGCCGACGAGCCGGAAGUGGACAGCUUGUCCGAGACCAAAGAGGAGCAGCCCCCUCUGCAGCAGCCACCCCACCCGCCCCGCAACGUGCCCCAGCCGCCCGCCCCCAUGUCAUGGAAUCUGCAGGGUGGGGUGGACUGCACCAGCGGCGUAUUGGCAUUGACUGCCCUGCUCUUCAAGAUGGAAGAGGCCAACCUUGCAAGCCGGGCAAAAGCCCAGGAGCUUAUUCAAGCAACCAAUCAGAUCCUGACCCACACCAAGCCCACGGCCUCCUUGGGGCCCCCUCAACCGCCAGUGCCGCCCACCCACCCACCCGCCUCGCACCUAUCUGUGCCGCCUGUCUCCUAUUUGCUUCAGGGCUCCCUGCCUCUCAGUGGCUGCGGUUCGACCCCCACCACCCCGACAGGGGUGUUGCCUGGGACGUUGAGCCAGGCCUCGGCAGGCCCUCCCUCGGCUGGCAUCUUUGCGUCUUCAUCGUGCACCGAUCUGGGCAGCACCAGCUCCGAAGGGCGUGGAGACAGCGAUAAGUACCUGAAAAAGCUUCAUACGCAAGAGCGGGCGGUGGAGGAAGUGAAGCUGGCCAUCAAGCCCUAUUACCAGAAGAAGGAGAUCACGAAGGAAGAAUACAAGGACAUCCUGCGCAAAGCCGUCCACAAGAUCUGCCACAGCAAGAGUGGAGAAAUCAAUCCGGUCAAGGUGAACAACCUCGUGAAGGCCUAUGUCCAGAGAUACAAGUACUUUCGAAAACACGGACGCAAGAUGGACGAGGAGCCAGGCCCCCCCAAGGAAAUCGGGGGGCUGGACAAGUCUGGCUUGCCCAUGCCCCCACUCUGAUCUCCUUCGACCAGGGAAAAGAAAAUCAAUUUGGCCCUUCUUUAUGCAAAUAGGCUUGGCUGAGCCCCCCCCAGGCCCCCCUUUGCUGUGUGGGGUGUGUGGAAGGGAGGGUUGGGGUGACCCAGUUUGUUUGGGAGGGGUGGCAUUUGGAGAGUGCGAUUCUUGUGCAUCUGCUACCUGCCCCCCCAUCCCGCCCCCUUCCCCAAACACUUUUCAUAGUUUUAGCCACAAAUCAACUUGUGUUUUACCCUGUAAAUACAGAUGGAAGAGGGUGGGGCUAAUUUUUAGUUUCAUCACUCUCAGAACUUCCCAUGAUACAAUGGGUGGAUGUUAUUCCUUCCCCCCAACACCUAGUUUUUACUCAUUUAGCAUGUUUUUAAUUUGAUGGUUUUUAUCCUUGCCCCUCCCCCUCAGCAGUCAUGAAACAGCAGUACCAUGAUUGGCCUAUAGAUGGCAGCACCCUGCCACGCUGGGUGGGCUAAUGCCGCCCCCCCCUCAUACCCUCCUCCCUGUUGUAAGUUUGUCUGUCAUAUUCUUUCCCCACCUCCUUUCUCUUCAUAAAACUGCAUUUAGCCAUCUAAA